AUGUCGCACUCAGAGCUGAAGCAUCCCGAUGCUUUCACAACAGGCUCGGUCGGUCGAGCCCGGGGGACACUGACACCACAGAGGGACACUGGCUCCACAGGGGACACUGACUCCACAGGGGACACUGGCUCCAAAGGGGACACUGGCUCCAAAGGGGACACUGACUCCACAGGGGAUACUGGCUCCACAGGGGACACUGACACCACAGGGGACACUGAAUCCAAAGGGGACACUGGCUGCACAGGGGACACUAUCUCCACCAGCGACACUGGCUCCACAGGGGACACUGGCUCCACAGGGGACACUGGCUGCACAGUGGACACUGGCUCCACAGGGGACACUGACUCCACAGGGGACACUGGCUCCACAGGGGACACUGACUCCACAGCGGACACUGACUCCACAGGGGACACUGGCUCCACAGGGGACGCUGGCUCCACAGGGGACACUGACACCACAGAGGGACACUGGCUCCACAGGGGACACUGA